AUGAAGAAGGUGACGUUUUCCCAGCUCUGGGAGGCUCUGACGCCUGUCGUGUACAUGAACAGUCAAGGGCAGGCUGGGCAGCCCGGGAGGAGUUGGUCGGCGUCAUCGAGCGUCAUCGAGCCUCCUCCGCAGAGUCUCGGGUUCGUGCGGAUGAAAGACUGGAACCGUGAUGCGGCCUACGACGAGAUCCCUCCCGCCUACAUACUUGUACACUACCGAAUCGACUGGAGACUGAUGAUCAAACAGACGGUGGGACCGAGAAAUACUAUAGAGGACAUCGUCCUUGAGCCAACCUCAUUCAAGCCUCGCAUCCUCCUACCCCAGCUCGAAGACUUGUUGAAAUGGAAGACUCCCCGCCUCCCAACCCGUUCGACCGGACGAUACGGGUGUGGUAGCCAAGGUGAUUGGUAUACCCAGAGAUGA